AUGAUUAUCUCUGGGAAGCUGGAGGACGUAAACGAUGUCUUCUUCGCCAUCUUCAACCUCUUUGGCGCCACUAGCGUUACAUUGGCGGCCCUUCUAAAUGCUGGGGCUUCCCGACAAAAAAAGCUCCGGACUGAUCUAUUCUCGAUUGCUGGUUUGUUUCUAGGAUUUUGGUCUUUUGGACCAUAUCUCUUUGGACGGGAAUACGUGCCGAAGAUCGCGAGGGAAGAAGUGUAUGAUCGUGGGAUCCUUAGCCGUGCUCUGGAAAGCAAGGCUUUGGCGCUAGCUACCGUUGGGUACGCACUUUGGGCAUAUGCGUUUGCACUCGGUUUCUUUACUCCUGGAACACUAAAGUAUCAUGAUGUUCUCUUGUACGCCACCGUGGUAGACCUCUUCCGGGAUUUCUCAAUGGACCGCGGCAUAUUUUCAACAUGCAUUGAUUUUGUCAUUUUGAACACUGUAAUAGGUGGUCCACUGACGGAGGACAUGUCGCGGCGGGGCUGGUUUAGGGAAGGUCGAAACAUCGAUUCCAUACUUACCGCGUUAUGCUUCUUGUUGAUACCGGUUUUAGGACCAGCGGUAUAUCUUCUUCUGCGCCCGUCCUUGCCUGAGAGUAACUCUGAGAAGUCCUAG